GAGCUCCCUGGAGAAAUUAAUCGUGUUGCUUGGCAAAGUGUUCGGCGUGGAUGAUGCGCGCGCCCGGCGAAAAAACGCGCAUUUAAAACAGCAACUACAAGAGUGCUCUGAUAAAGUUGGAGUGUUUUUGCUCCGCGCGGCUGUUAUUGCCGGCACGCGACAGGUUGAUCCGAUCCCGCGGGAGAAGAGAAGGAGCCAUUACUGUGGCGUGGGAAAAGUUUGGCUUGCGUGACGAGCGGGAGAGAGUCGUCCGCGUCUCGAGCGAAGGGAAUCAGCCGUGUCCAUGAGCGCCGCGGAUCUGCUGUAAAUGGAGUCCCGGAGUCCCGGUGUCCCGGAGCUCUGAGUCUGAGGAUCACCGAUCACUGAUCAUGGAGACGCGCAACGGGACGCGGAGCUCCAAUCAGCCGCAGCUGCGCAUUAACGUGCCGAGCAGCGCCAGAGAGCGAGCGGCCAGUGUGGAUCCGUACGGCUUCGAGCGCUCCGAUGACUUCGACUACGAGUCGUACGAGGAGCUGAUGUCCGAGUAUCUGGCCGUCCUCACCCGAAGGUCCAUCAAGUGGUCCAAACUCCUGCAGGGGAAGCGGCGCGUGGACCGCAACCUGAAGGUGAAGCGGUUCGUACGGAAAGGCGUCCCCAACGAGCACCGGCCGCUGGUGUGGAUGGAGUCGAGUGGAGCUCGGGAGAAGAUGGAGAGGAACCCUGGGUAUUAUCAGUCACUACUGGACCAACAACACGACCCCAAACUGCAGGAGAGCAUCCGCACUGAUCUGCACAGAACCUUCCCAGAUAACGUGUACUUCCGUCGGUCGGCGGAUCCGUGUCUGCAGUCGGCGCUGUAUAACGUGCUGGUGGCGUACGGACACCAUAAUAAAGCUGUGGGAUACUGUCAGGGAAUGAACUUCAUCGCAGGAUAUCUGAUCAUCAUCAGUAAAGACGAGGAGACGUCCUUCUGGCUGAUGGAGGCGCUACUGGGCAGAAUCCUGCCAGAUUACUACGGUCCGGCUAUGCUGGGUCUGAAGGCGGAUCAGGAGGUUCUGGGAGAGCUGGUGCGGCUCAAGGUCCCGGCGGUCUGGCGGCUCAUGCAGGAUCACGGGGUCAUGUGGUCUCUGGUGGUCUCGCGCUGGUUCAUCUGCCUGUUCAUCGACGUCCUGCCCGUGGAGACGGUGCUCCGGAUCUGGGACUGUCUGUUCUACGAGGGCUCGAAGAUCCUGUUCCGCGUGGCUCUGACUCUGAUCCGCCGGCACGAGGACCUGAUCCUGCAGGCCCAGAACCUGCCCGACGUCUGCGAGCGCUUCAAGCGCAUCACCAGCGGCGCCUUCGUCCACGACUGCCACGCCUUCAUGCAGGCGAUCUUCCUGGAUCCCGGGAGCCUCUCCAAGUCCAGCGUGUCGAAGCUGCGCGAGAGCUGCCGCGCGCGGAUCGUAGCCGGAGAACCCUGACUCACUCACACACUCACACAUUCCCACUGUUAGCAGUAGCGUGCGCUAACAGACUCCGUGAAGAUGUGUAUUUUCUUACGUUUGUAGAACUCUGAGAGUGUAGAAUAAUCGCAGAUGCUGGACUCGAGUCUUUAAUGCUGAACCGCUAUCAUCUCUUCUUAGUCUAAGACCAAUAAUACUGUGAAAUAAAACACUGGAAACCAUC